AUGGAGGAACGUCGCGACGACGAACAGGGACUGGGAACAGAUAAACAAACUGGACUCAACUCAGUGAUGCCUCAUCGAUCCUCGAACGAUCACGGAAGCAUCGCAGCUUUUUCCAGUGCCCCUCAGCACACACUUCAAACUCCAAAGACCGCAUUGGACACAAACGAUGAGCUCCACGACGACGAAAUCGAGUAUCCCGACGGCGGACUCCAGGCCUGGAUGGUGGUGGUCGGCGCGUGGUGCGCCAUGAUCCCGCCGAUGGGCAUCAUCAACACCAUUUCCGUGCUCCAAGGCUGGCUGCUGCAAAACGAGCUCAAGGGCGUACCUGAAAGCAAAGCGGGAUGGAUCUUCUCUUGCUAUGCGUUUUUCAUCACGGCUUGUGGGGCACAAAUUGGACCAGUGUUUGACGCAUUCGACAUCAGGGUGCUACUCAUCCCAGGCUCCAUUGGCAUGAUUGCCUCAAUGAUCUUCCUCAGCUUGUCGACAGAGUUCUACCAAAUGCUCCUAUCCUUCGGCGUCUGCGGCGGCAUCAGCGCCGCCUUCCUCUUCAACCCGGCCCUCUCCGCCAUAGGCCACUGGUUCAACGAGCGCCGCGCCUUCGCGACAGGCGUAGCCUGCACGGCCGGCGGCCUCGGCGGCAUCGGCUUCUCCCUCAUCAUCCAGUACCUCGCGCCCCGCAUCGGCUUCCCCUGGGCCAUGCGCAUCAUCGCCUUCAUCUCGACGGGCAGCCUGGUCGUCACGAACCUCUUCCUCCGGAAACGCCUCCCGCCCAAACGCAAAGCCAAGGCCCUGAUCGACUUUCGCCUUCUGCGCGACUCCAAGUUUGGCGUUACCGUGGUGGCCGUCUUCUUUGUCGAGUUUGCCGUCUUUAUACCCUAUUCGUACAUAUCAUCCUACGCUAUUGAAAAGGGGCUCGGCCUGCAGAAGUCCUUCCUCCUCAACGUCCUGCUCAACGCUGGCGCGAUACCGGGCCGGAUGUUACCGGGUUACAUUGCCGACCGCGUGGGCGCCUUCAACACAAUGUGCGUCACAUCCCUCUGCUGCGGCGUCUUGAUUCUGGGUUUGUGGCUCGCCGCCGGCGACGUGGACGCCAAGAUCAUGUCCUUUACCACACUAUUUGGAUUCUGGUCCGGUGCGGCCAUCAGCUUGUCGCCGGUGUGUAUCUCACGCGUCUGCAAGAUUGAGGACUAUGGCAAGUCGACGGGCAUGGCGUACUUCAUUGCCAGCUUUGGUGCGCUGAUAGGUAUUCCCUUGGCCGGGUUCCUGUUGAAGACGGGGACCGAGCCGUAUCGGAACUUGAUCAUCUUCGCGGGGGCGGCGUACAUGUUUGCAUUUGUAGCAUUCUGUGGUGCUAGAGGCAUCGCGGGCGGGUGGAAACCAGCGUUGUUCUAG